AUGGCCGGCGACGGAAGUAGCUCCGACGGAUUAAACGUCGAUGUGGAGGAGGUGGACCUCCGCAUCGUGUUGCACCGCCCAAUGCAGGACCAAGGCAGCCCCGACGGCGGUGGAUCUGCAUCCUUCGGGCCCGUCGCACGCCAACGGAGCGCCGACGGUAGUGGAUCUGCAUCCUCCGAGCCCGUCACAUGCCGACAGAGCGUCGGCGACGUCACAGGCCCUUCCCGCGAGGUGUGCAGCUUCGUUCGCUCCCGCUUCGGGAAGUCCGCUCCAAGUCAGCUACGCCGCCCACCUCCACCACCUUCUGCUUCGGAAGCGUUGUCCGGCCACCGCUGGGUCCUCGUGCCCGCGUCGGGGACGGGGCGCACGAGGACGCCGGAGUCCGAGGCGCGCGCAGGCCGUCGCAAGCAGCAAUGUGCUAGGGAGAGGGGGGAGGCGCUGGCCACGCGGCGUUUGACCUCGAGCGCGUCGGUCGACCCCGAGGACGCGCUCCUCACGGGCGUUCUUCAUCACUCGUUGGCGACGAUGGAGAUGGAUGCACGCCGCCUCCACGGCAAGAAUGCCAAGGCGCUCCGACUGGCCAUCCAGUUAUCGGAGCGCGAGGCAGUGAAAGAGGCGGCGGCGAAGGCGAAAGUAGCCCGCCACGUGGAGGAGCGGGAUCGCCUGCUCCGCAGGCUGUCCGGCAUGCGGUGCAGCUCCUACGAGGACGACAGCGACCUCUUCACCACAUCCGGCUCUGAUGACGACGACGACGACACUCCAGGGCACACCAACGCCUACACGGAGGAGGGGCACAACGGCAUGGACAACUGGAAGGGGAAGGGACGGCGAGGAAACGAUGAUUUCCUUCGCCCUUCCCCGUUUUGGUUCAUAAGCCUCGACUGUGGAUACAGAAACACUACUCCCUACAACGACAGCAAGAUAAAAGAAAUACAGCACCAGUCCGACGCUGGAUUCGUCGAGGGCGGUUUGACCCACCAAAUAGCAGCAGAGUCCAUGCCUGGUGCCCCAUAUGAGAGCCAAAAAACCUUGAGGAGCUUCCCCAACGGCUCAAGGAAUUGCUACACGCUGCCAUCCGCCGCUGGUAAAAAGUUUCUGGUGAGGGCCUUGUUUACUUACGGCGACUAUGAUGGGUUGAACAGAACUAUGGACGGGUCGCUUUUUCGGUUUGGGCUCCAUAUCGGCGUCAAUUUCUGGGAUACGGUGAACUUGACAAAUUCGGAUCCAUUGUCCACAGUAUGGAAGGAGGUGCUCACCAUUGCUCCGGGCGACUCUGUGUCGGUCUGCCUGAUAAACUUCGGUUCAGGGACUCCGUUCGUGUCUGCUCUGGAGCUGAGGCCGCUGCUAGAUGCGAUGUACCCUUUUGUGAAUACUUCGGUAUCAGUAGGCUACUUUACACGCCUCAGAUUUGGUGAAGCCACUGACUUUGUCACAAGAUAUCCAGUGGACCCUUACGACCAGUUCUGGGAGGCCUGGUCUUUCGCCUCCAACACCUACCCCUGGAUCAACGUGAGCACUAGCAAUCAAGUGGAGAUUCUCCCGGGUGACGACUACUUCAAUGUGCCGGUGGCCAUCUUCCAGAAGGCCACGACCCUAGACACAAACUACUCCAUUAUGAGUCUCAACGUGGCACAGGGGCAGAAUCUGGACCCCGAGAGUGUCCGCCUUCUCCCAAUCUUCCACUUUGCUGAAAUUAAUGAUAACAACCCGAACAGAAGCUUUGACAUCUACAACUCCGGCGAUGUGCUGCAUCGAGGCUUCUCCCCGUCACGAUUACAGGCCAACAGCCUAUACGACAGCGGGCAGUUCUUGUAUAAUGGCAACGCAGAGUACACGCUGAACAAGACGCGCAGCUCACGCCUCCCCCCGCUCAUCAACGCGUUCGAGGUGUACUCACUCAUUCGGAUGGAAAACUUCACCACCGAGCCCGAGGAUGUCAAUUACAUGAAAGAAGUCAAGAAACACUACAAUUUGGCACAAAUAAACUGGAAUGGAGAUCCAUGCUCCCCAAGAGAGUAUUCCUGGGAAGGUUUGACUUGCGACUACUCUAAGAGAAAGCAGAAUCCGAGGAUUGUCGCAAUAGAUCUGUCUACCAGUGGACUGAAAGGUGGAUUGGUCAUAUCAUUCAUGAACAUGGCAUCACUGGAGAACUUGGAUUUAUCACACAACAAUUUGACAGGACCUAUUCCAGACUACCAAAUAAAGUCACUCAAAGUUCUCGAUUUGUCAUAUAACCAGCUCGAUGGACCAAUCCCCAAUUCUAUUCUUCAAAGAUCUCAGGCCGGUCUGCUUGACUUAAGGUUUGCAAGCUCCGUUGCACAUUUCCUUUGCUCUGCACAAGUGUUGCUUCACACACUUCUUGUGGCACCCAAAUGGGCCAUCACAACUUUGUUGAAUUUGGUAACUGUUCACGGAUAUGACAAUAGACCUGCUGUAGCUAACAUCUUACCAGUUUAUUUUUUCUGUAUGUUGUGUAAUGGUGCCACCAGAUUAGAAGGCAAUCCCGUAUGCUCAAAAGUCAAAGAUACGUAUUGUUCAAAUAAGAAGAAGAAAACCACAUCUACCGUGGUCAUCGCAGUGAUAGUUCCUGUAGUACUGGUAUCCCUCCUAGUAGUGAUGUGCAUACUAUGGAAAUUAUGCUGGAAAGGAAAGUCAGGAGACAAUGAGAAUUAUGCUAUGUAUGAAGAGGAAACACCCCUACAUAUUGACAUUAGACGGUUCACGUACGCAGACCUGAAAUACAUAACGAACGACUUCCAUUCAAUCGUUGGAAAAGGAGGUUUUGGUACUGUUUAUCAUGGCACAAUGGAAAAUGGUGAUGAAGUAGCUGUUAAGGUGCUUAUGGAGACAUCAAUAGCAGAGUCAACAGACUUCCUUCCUGAGGUGCAAACCUUGUCCAAAGUUCAUCACAAGAAUCUCGUGACUCUACAAGGAUAUUGCCAGAACAAGAAGUGCCUAGCUCUCGUUUAUGACUUCAUGCCCAAAGGAAAUCUUCAACAGCUUUUAAGAGAAGGAGAUGAGUACAGUUUGAAUUGGGAACAGCGACUUCAUAUUGCACUUGAUUCAGCACAAGGACUGGAAUAUCUACAUGAGUCAUGCACCCCAUCAAUAGUUCACAGAGAUGUCAAGACAGCCAACAUCCUUCUGGACAGGAACCUGGUGGGGAUAAUAGCUGAUUUUGGGCUUUCGCGCGCUUUUAGCGAUGCACACACACACAUAUCUACUGUUGCUGCUGGCACUCUUGGCUACCUUGAUCCCGAGUACCACGCAACUUUCCAGCUCACCAUCAAGACAGACGUUUACAGCUUCGGCAUCGUGCUCUUGGAGAUCAUCACUGGCAAGCCCCCGAUAUUGAUGGACCCUCACACCUACCACCUACCAAACUGGGUACGCCAAAAGAUUGCAAAAGGCAGUAUUCAAGAUAUCGUGGACAAGAGGCUGUUGGAUCAGUACGACCCCAGUUCCCUGAAGGGUGUGGUGGACCUUGCCAUGAAAUGCGUAGAAAGUGCAGCCAUCGACAGGCCGAGCAUGACCGAGGUUGUUUCAAGGCUAAAAGUGUUGUUGCCAACGACCCUGGGCGAAAAACAGUGUGCUUCCGCGUCCUCUAUGAAGUCCAUGAAUGAUGAAAUGCGAAGGCAGUUCCACUUGUUGAUUUCUGGGGAAGGCAACGACGAGAGCUCCAGCUCGAGCAGGAUGACAGAGUUGACCCCCUUAUCUGGACGGUGAAAGGAAAAUGCCUACCAAGUUAUUGUUGCGUCUGUUAGACAGAGUUUGGUAAUUUGCCCAACUUGCCAUUAU